CCUGGCAAGGACCCGGGCUGAAAUCCAUUUUCCUGUUGAAAAGCGGGGCAACUCCGAGAGGCCCUAGAGCCUACCUGGAAAUCUGAAGCCCCAGGAAAUGCCAGAAGCCUCCGCGGUGGUGGAACGCUGGGCAGCUUGGAGCGUGUGACCCCAAGGGCAGCCCCUUCGGCCUCCCAGGAAUGCCGCCUUCUCGCCUCUCGCCUCGAAUGACAGGACGCAGAUCAGUGCGGCCGCUCUGGCAAGACUUAAGCCACAAGCAUGUCCAAUAGCAGUGCGGCAGCAACUCAAUCCGCAAACGUGCUGCAGGGAAGCAGCCGACAGCGCCAGGAGCCCCGGCUAAGAAAAGUAACUGCGCAGGGAGGGGUUCAGGCAGCUCCAUUACCCACCGCUGGAGCAAGGAAGGCUGCGGGAAACCUUACGGGAGACAGAGUGCUGCACGGCUAAGAGCGACCUGGUGCUAAGAUCUGUCCUUUCUGUGCAUCAGGUGCUUGAGAGCAAAAAGCAGACAUGAUCCAUGCCGCUCACUGCUCCUCCAGGGACUGCACUUCCGAAGGCAAAAGGGGUUACGAGACUCCAGCGCUCUCCGAGCUGCAGAGGCUGAUAUGGAACAGAGGCGGCUCCGACAACCACGUCGACCAAGUGUGGCCAAACCUCUACCUUGGAGAUGCGUGGGCAGCUAGAAGCAGAAACACCCUCCAGGGCCUUGGCAUCACUCACAUCCUCAAUGCAGCCGACGGGCCGUACAACGUCAACACGGGAGCCAGCUACUACCACGGCAUGCCCAUUCAGUACUACGGGGUGCAAGCGUUCGACAGCAGCGCGUUCGACAUCAGCGUCUUCUUCCACGACGCGGCAAACUUCAUCCACAAAGCCUUAAACACGGAAGGAGGCAAAGUGUUUGUCCACUGCGCCAUGGGCUUGAGCCGCUCGGCCACAUUAGUGCUGGCCUACUUGAUGAUUCAUGAGAACCUGACCCUUGUGGAAGCCUUAAAAUCAGUGGAUUCACACAGAGGCAUCUGUCCCAACACAGGGUUCCUCAGGCAGCUCCGACUCCUGGACAUCAAAUUAAACAACGGGAGGAACAGUCUUUCAGCGUGCUGAGAAAAAACGCGGAGAUGCAAAGCUGUGGAGAGAGGGAGUGCCACAGCAUCAACUUUUCAUGAGGAAAUAAUAAUUCCAGGAGCAAACCCGUGUUUUGCAUGGCUUCCUUGCACACUCCACUUAGGUUUAAUCCUUAAUUCAGGACCUGGGGGCUCACAGCUAGACGACCCCAUUGGUCAUCAACUGGAGGGACAUGAUACCCACCAGACCCUUUCUUGGACUGCUGCUGCAGCAUCAUCUCUGAGAGCGACAAAGGGAAGAAGAGGAGGAACAGCAGAUGCGUGCCGUAAACAAACGCGUGCGUGAGUACAGCAGGGUCCAUGCUGAAGGUGGGCCUCGGCCUGUGAACUUCAGAAUCCCAUAUUUAUUUCAUGUGUAUGUCGGCAUUCUCCUAGGGAACUCAGCCUGAUCCACCCCUUGCAUGGCCACAAGUACCCCAUGAGGCUGGGAGAUAGUUGCGUACCUCAAAUCGCCCAGGGAGCCUCAUGGGAAUGCUGCGGACUGGGGCCGGGGAAAAGGCAGGUGGGCGGCAGCAAAAGCUCUGGGCAGGCAAAAGGCUCUGCAGGUGCCUUGAAGCCCGCAUUGGGCGCAUCACAUCUGGCAGCAGGAAGACAAGCCUCCGGGAGGCGGAUUGGGUCUCGCCCUCGUAUGACCGGGUGCCUUCCAGAAGCCUUGGCCCACUGUUUCCGCCCAUCUCGGCUGGCAUGAUGGGUGAGGAGGGACCAUUUGGGCUAGCGAUCCAAGUAUCUGGUGCUCGCCCGUUUGCGGAGCGCUGUUAUAGGCGAUAUUCCUCGAAGCACCGUAUCUCUGAGGAUGGCCCCUAGAUACAAAGGAAUCGCAACCAAAGCUCAGGAAAUGCAGCGGUUUGCAGUCUGCGCUGGCGCAUGCCAAACACCGGGCCAUCCAGCCGGCCGCCACGGGGCUGGGCUGGCACCGUUGACCUGAGAGCCUCUUUCAAACCCGAGCACGUUUCUCCUGCUUGAAACCUUCCUGUUGCACACGUUGCACCAUGCGCCGCAAUUCGCAGAUUAUCUGUCUGGUUUUUCUUUUUCUUACUUUUGCUUCGGAAGGUCCCAUGGCGUUCCUCUCCUGGUUGAAAUGAGAAUAGCCAGAAACUUGAAAUAAAACCAAAUCUUAUUCUGUGUCA